UCCGCUCCCCCUUUUGCAAAGCAAGCCUUUACAAACCCGGCAAGCAACAACAGCAAACACACGCAACCGCAACCUUACCCUGCGAAUCGAAACCCAACGCCAGUUACCUCUCCACCCCAUCCCCAUGAAGGAGCUUCGCCCUGGCUGAUUUCGGGAGAUGGGAAUACUAAGCAUAACUGACCAGCCUCCUCUGGUCCAGGCAGUCUUUAAGCGCGAUGCAGAAGAAGUCAGAGUGCUGCUGCACAAGAAGGAAGAUGUCAAUGCACUGGACCAAGAGAGACGUACCCCUCUGCAUGCUGCUGCUUUUUUAGGGGAUGUCCAGAUAAUGGAGCUCCUCAUAAAUUCAGGUGCUAGUGUUAAUGCUAAGGAUAAUGUUUGGUUCACUCCUCUUCAUCGCGCUGCUGCCUCUCGGAAUGAAAAGGCGGUGGCUCUGCUGCUGAAGAAGUCCGCGGAGGUGAGCGCGCGGGACAAGUUCUGGCAGACGCCGCUGCACGUGGCCGCGGCCAACCGGGCCACCAAGUGUGCCGAGGCGGUGAUCCCUCUGCUGAGCAGCGUGAACGUGGCCGACCGCACGGGCAGGACCGCGCUGCACCACGCGGCUCACAGCGGCCACAUCGAGAUGGUGAAUUUGCUGCUGAACAAAGGGGCCAACCUGGGAGCGUGUGACAAGAAGGACCGGCAGCCCAUUCAUUGGGCAGCUUUCCUAGGGCAUCUGGAGGUGGUGAAGCUGCUGGUGUCUCGCAGCGCUGACGCCAUGUGCAAAGACAAGCGAGGCUACACCCCCCUGCAUGCUGCAGCCUCCAACGGGCAGAUCGAGGUGGUCAAGUACCUGCUGAGACUGGGAGCUGAGAUGGAUGAGCCGAACGUCUUUGGGAACACGGCGCUGCACAUCGCCUGCUACACGGGGCAGGAGGCGGUGGCCAACGAGCUGGUGAACCACGGCGCCAACGUGAACCAGCCCAACGAGCGCGGCUGCUCCCCCCUGCACUUCGCUGCCGUCUCCACCAACGGGGCGCUGUGCCUGGAGCUGCUGGUCAACAACGGGGCUGACGUCAGCAUGCAGAGUAAAGAAGGGAAGAGCCCCUUGCACAUGGCAGCCAUUCACGGGCGAUUCACACGAUCCCAAAUCCUGAUCCAGAACGGCGGGGAGAUCGACUGUGUGGAUAAAUAUGGCAAUACCCCUCUUCAUAUUGCUGCUAAAUACGGCCAUGAACUGCUUAUCAGUACUCUGAUGACUAACGGUGCUGACACAGCAAGACGUGGGAUUCAGGGGAUGUUCCCGCUACACUUGGCUGUGCUCUACGGGUUUUCAGACUGUUGUCGCAAGCUACUCUCCUCAGGUCAGUUAUACAGCAUCGUCUCGUCUCUCAGUAACGAGCACGUGCUGUCUGCUGGAUUCGAUAUAAACACACCUGAUAACCUUGGAAGGACCUGCCUGCACGCUGCUGCGUUCGGAGGAAAUGUUGAAUGUCUUAACUUGCUGCUGAGCAGUGGCGCUGAUUUGAAAAAGAAGGAUAAACUCGGACGGACCCCAUUGCACUACGCGGCUGCUAACGGCAGCUACCAGUGUACGGUGACCCUGGCAAACGCGGGCGCCGGUAUUAACGAGACUGACAGUAAAGGCUGCGCCCCCCUGCACUACACUGCUGCUUGUGACAUGUACCGGAGGGUCGACAGACAUUACUCCAGUAGCCACGACAAUGACGAGGAGAUGGUGAAAGACUCGAGACAGAAGGAGAAUUUUUUCUGUCUGGAGUAUUUGCUGGAUAAUGGUGCAGACCCCUCCCUUCGUGAUAAGCAGGGGUACAGCGCGGUUCACUAUGCAGCUGCCCACGGCAACAAACAAAACCUAGAACUGCUCUUGGAAAUGUCUUUCAACUGCCUGGAGGAUGUGGAGAGCAUCGUUCCAGUUAGCCCUUUGCACUUAGCUGCCUAUAACGGUCACUGUGAAGCCCUGCGCGUGCUGUCGGAGACGCUGGUGAAUCUGGACGUACGUGACGCGGUGGGCCGCACGGCGCUGUACCUCGCUGCCGAGAGGGGCCACACGGACUGCGUGGAGGUGCUGGCCUGCCACGGGGCCUCCUGUGUCCUCAAGGAGAGACACCACAAGUGGACUCCACUUCACGUGGCAGCUUCUAGCGGCUACACGGACUGCCUGCACGUGCUGAUUGACAGCGGGGAGAAGGCUGACAGUGUUGACAUCAUGGACUCGCAGGGACAGACCCCGCUUAUGCUGGCUGUGCUGGGCAGCCACCCGGAGUGCGUUCACCUGCUGCUGGAGAGGGGAGCCACGGCCGACACGGGAGACAAGAGGGGCAGGACCGCCCUGCACAGGGGGGCUGUGAUGGGCUGUGAGGACUGUGUCUGUGCUCUCCUGGACCACGAUGCCUUCGCUCUGUGCCGGGACUUUAAGGGUCGCACUCCGCUGCACUUGGCGGCUGCCUGCGGCCACGUCAACCUGCUGGGGACCCUGCUGCAGGCUGCCUUCAACACCGACCCACUGGACUCCCUGCUGGACUACAGCGGCUACACCCCCGCGCACUGGGCAGCCUGCCACGGGCACGAAGACUGUUUGGAAGUUUUACUUGAACACAAACCAUUUAGUAUCGAAGAGGGAAACCCGUUCACCCCAUUGCACUGUGCUGUAAUAAAUGGUCAUGUUGGUGCUGCAGAUAUGCUGGUGGAGUCGAUUGGCACAGAGAUUGUAAAUAUCAGAGAUGCCAAAGGAAGGACCCCUCUUCACGCCGCUGCGUUCUCGGAGAACCUGCCGAGCCUGCAGCUGCUGCUGAGUCACGGCGCCGAGGUGAACGCUGUCGAUCAGGCGGGCCGCUCCGCCAUCAUGGUGGCAGCCGACUGCGGGCAAACCGCCAUCGUGGAUAUUUUGUUGAGCCACGCGAAGGCUGAUUUGACCCUGCUGGACGAGAACAAGAACACAGCUCUGCAUCUGGCCUGCAGCAAGGGACACGAGAUGUGUGCCUUGCUGAUCCUGCGCGAGACUCAUGAAGCUGCCCUCAUCAAUGCAACCAACACUGCACUGCAAAUGCCCCUGCAUAUCGCAGCUCGCAACGGGCUGGCUACAGUGGUGCAGGUGCUGCUAAGCCAAGGGGCCACUGUGCUGGCUGUCGACGAAGAGGGUCACACCCCAGCCCUGGCCUGCGCUCCCAAUAAGGAUGUUGCUGACUGCCUUGCCCUCAUCCUCUCCACCAUGAAGCCUUUUCCUCCCAAAGACGCGAUGGGGUCCCCCUUCGGGCUCAACCUGCUGAAGAACUGCGGCAUCGCGGCCGCCUGCAGCCCCCUGCAGCCCAACGGCAGCCUGCGGCAGCGCAGCUAUGGCAAGGAGCGCCGGCACGGAGCCAUCGGGCUGGACGGCUGCUUCACCGACUGACCCACCUGCCCGGUGAAAACAAAAAAUCAUUACAGCAAGGAUACAGUCCAACCUGCUUCUUUAAAAAGCAGCGAGCGCCUCGCUUCAAAACCAAACUUUAAUUUAAAACAAGUUUCAAUAGAACAUGUGCUCUACGCUAGACCGCGUGACAGUUUAUUUAUGUAUUUAUUUCUGUUUUUUGUCUCUUCAUGAACCGCGGUCUUUUGAAAGCAGGUUCGACUGUAGACUUUAAAAGGGGAUGUGCACCAAACCCAAAAUCGACUCCUUCAGCACUGCUUCAGAGAAGCAGAACACUCGAACACAUGAAUGAGAUCUUUCGAGAUCGCACAAGCCGUGUUGAAAGGGUCACAGGAGGGAGGUUGGCAAUGUGUCUUAAAAUGAAAUGUUAUUUAAAGAGCCCCUGUAUUAGGAGGUUAGAGUCCCACGUAUUGAGGUUUUUGGGUUUAUUGCACAUCCCAUGCUGUCGGGCUGUCGUAUUCAUAAUAGCAUUAUUAUUAUUAUUAUUAUUAUUAUUAUUAUUAUUAUUAUUAUUAUUAUUCUUGUUGUUGUGAGCACACUGCCGGUAAUUGUGUUUUAAAGGAUCCACUGCACUUUAUCAGUAUUGCAAAUUAUAUAAAAUGCUUUUAUCAAUACAGCCGGCAGAUCAUUUUAAAUAGAUACAAGGUUUUAAAAGAGAACAAUGCUGAUUUUUUUUUAAAAGAAAGUAAACAAACAAACCAAGGCCCAAGAUUUUAUUGAAAACAGACAUUUCAUUCCCCCCGCCCCCCUUUAACUAUAUUAAAGAAUACUGUUUUAUAGGGAGAAAGGUGUUUGUCAUGAGUUUGUAGUAAAAACUCAGUUUAUCAAAACAAAGUACUGUUUGCGACCAAAGGUUAUUUUAUUUAGAAUUACUACUAUAUAUAAAAAAAAAAAAAAAUUCAGUCCAGAAGCCUUUUAAAAUACCAGCCAUCUGCAGUUUUUUUUGCUCUGAUUAAAACGCUAUAUAAAUGCAUUAUAUCAAGUAAAAUAGGAAUGAUAUACUGUUCAGCACUAACCAUUUCAAUGUAAGCUUUUUGAAGGAUGUUGAGAGGCAGGGUCACUGUUUUUGUGAGCGAGAUUUUGAAGGAAUAAUUUCUUUUUAUUUUUUGGUGUUUUUUUUCGUUCCCGGAGGCGUUCUCUGGUUGAGUCGUUUUUCAGAAUUUAAAUUGUUCAUCUAAAACUAUACAGAUGGAAGGAGUGGCUGUAGUCCUUUCAUAGUCUUUCCAUUCAAACCAAUGCAAGUGUCAGUUUGAAUUCCUCCUGUACGUGUUCAAGCCAUAUUUAACCCAGCGUUUGAUUUCCAAACUCCACGUGUUUUUAUAAGUGAAUCCGCUAGCUUUGUAAAGGAGUCUCCCAAGUACUGUUUGUGAUGACAGGUUUCUAUUGCCUUAGCACUGACACCUCUUGCAAACAGCUGCACAAUUCUGAACCAAAACGAAAACCUUUUAAAACGUUUGUCCUUAAAAACGUUUGCUUCUCGAUUCUCGUACAAAAGCUGGUAUUGAUAACGGCUUUUUCUAUAAUGUAGUUUUUUUUUUUUUUAAAGAAUGUCUCAGUGCUUCCUGACUAGACAAUCUAUGUGGAUGUUUAUUUGCACUCAUCCUCAUUAUUAUUAUUAUUAUUAUUAUUAUUAUUAUUAUAAUAUCUGCAAAAACCUAACGAGUUGGCAAACCAAACUUGAAUCAUUUCAGUGCAUUGUUUUCUGUAUAAAUAGAGUGAUGCACAUUUCAGAACCACACACCCUUUACAGUACAGUCGUGUUCCAGUAUUUGAUUCUUGCUGAUUUUAUUUAUUUUUUGCUCCUGUUUUAACAGGCAAGCAGUAAUGUCCAUAAGGCAUCACCUUCCUGAUCAGAUCUCUUAAUGUGAGAUAACAAAGUGUCGGACAGCCGCAGGGCUGGGAGUGUAGCCGUGAGAGCCGCCUGCCUGACCCAGCUUCACUUCUAUUGUGUCAGACCACAAAAACCACUUCCUUAACACUGGCUGAACAAGCGAAUGCACUUAGAGUCUCAGUAACGGACACUGUGAGUUAAAGACUUGAGGGGGGGGGGUCGCCCCGUCAAUAAUCCUUGAAGUACUGUAAUGUAUAAUAGUGUAGCAGCCUCUGUAGCCAUCGCAGGUGUACGUGUCGUACGACUAGCCUUAACUCCAAAGCCAUGAGCAUGGGGAGCCACAGUGCAAUGAAAGUGUAUCGCAGAGGGAGGGAGGGAGGGAGGGGGCUCUUCCAAAAAGCACAAGUAUUUCACAGAGGGGGGACGCUCUGGUAACUACUGGAAUUCAAAUUGAAGUAAAGUUAGUAUUUGCUACACUGAAGUAACCCUUGCAACGCAAUCCGAUUUCAAACGUUUUGUAUAGCUGCCUCCCAGGAACAUGGAAACCUCAGUUUACCAGCUGCACAUUUUGAACCCUGGGUGUUUUUGUUUUAAUCUUCCAAGGCUACCAGCGAUGCAGAGUCGCGAGCAGUUUGUUUAGAGAGAGAGAGGAUGUGUUAGGAGUGCUGGCAGCAUCAUAUCAUGCAGUGAAUCGGCAGGUUCACUCUGAACAGCCUUGUUUCACUCGUGUGGUUUCUUCACCAGACCUGAGCGCGUUCCGUAUGCCAACGCGCCGGCUUCUUGUUUUGAUAAAACGGUCACAUGUUCCGAAGCUUCAGAUGAACUUGGGGUGAGAUUUGAAUCGCGGGUCUUGCGUGCAGCUCCGUGGUUUUGUAGCAGUUUGUUUUGCCGGUGUGAAUGCUUUGCACACCCGACCCAGCGUGUGUGUGUUACCGGCAGCUCCUCCUGCAGCUUCUCUUUAUAUCCGUGUACGAUUUGAAGUGAUUGAGAAUUGCAUGACGGCAGCCGCGCAAAAUCUGUACUGUUUUAUUUAUUAUUAUUAUUAAAAAAAAUUUAAAAAUUUAAAAAAAAAAGCUAAAAAACAGAACAAAAAAAAAAAACAGAUACUGACCAACUUGUUGGGCAAAACAGCAAUACAUCCUGUAACAAACCUGUCGGCCGAAAUCGCUUGGACUUUAGUUUCAUGUUACAGAUUUCGUUCAGUAUUAUUUAUUUUAUUUAAAAGUGCAAGAAGAAAUCUAAACUAAAUGUUUACAAUGUUGACUCAGGAUAUUCAUAUUUAUAUAUAUAUAAACUCAGCUUGCCUUCCUCUUGCCUGUGUCCCUGAGUAACCUUGUUCUGCUCCUGUGUUUCAUGAGGCAGGCAGCCCUCUCCUCCAAACAGCUUGAUCUGUAUUGAAUAUUGUACAGUGCAAGCACCUGUUGGUUUUGAUCUCUCUCAGCACCCUGUACUGUAUGUAUCGGGAGUCAUUUCAGACGGCUUCAUCGCAUCCACGUCGCACAUUUCAAAAACCCGCAAAAUUACCCCGUGCCAAUAAGAGUUGUAAAAUAACAUUAUAAAAUUAAUCCCCCCCCCCCCCAUAUUAAUAACUUAGUGUAUAAGUAACGUUACAGUGUAAACGGUAACUAUAGACAUUCAGAAUGAUUUAGUGCAGGAAAGCACGGUCCAUUCGCUCUCAAAGAAAGAGAGCCAGGCUCUUAAACCGUGCGACCUUAACUACAAUGAAGUUAGAAAAUCCACGGUUUGGGAAUUUGCCCUGCAACAGUAUCUAAAAACACUAAAGUCACUUCCUGGCUGCUAUUUUGCUGAAUUUUCUUUUUAAUAGUAUUAGUACUCGGCAGAAGCACCUUUUUGUUUAAAACGAGAUCAAUCCAGUUGAAAUCUUGCAGUGCGAUUGAUAACUGCCAGGAUGGGGGAUUGAUAGCUGCUUAGUUUUGCUUGUGGUAUUUAUAAACUGUAUGAACUGUGUCUAAUAAUAGAAAAAAUAAACUGUUGAUAUCGUUCCGUUCUAGAACAGUCCUGCGAUGUGUUCUAGAACAGUCCAGCUGCUGCUGCUUUUCAAAUAAUUCUAGAACAACUGCAACAUGGCUGGUAUAUAAUGAGGUUGAAUUUGUGAUGGAUUUGUGAAAAAAAAAUAAAUAUAUAUAUAUAUUGCACUAGAUAAAAGUUGAGACACAUUCUGCAUCAACAAUAAAAAUAAUAGUAAAAUCAAGGGUUUUAGUUGGUCUGGAAAGAUUAAAGACAAUCAAGGAUUUAAGGGCUUUUUAUUCCCAAUCCCCAAUCUCCCCCCCCCCCCUUCCCAAGGUCUCAAUUCGUACUGCUUUUGUUAAAUCUGGGCCUUUUUUUUUCCUUUUUAAGCAUUGUUCUCUUUUAACAAAUAUUCUAUACUUCAGACAGCACAGCUUCUUAACUAUGAUAGUAAUAAUAUUAUUAAUAAUCACUAGAAAAUGCUGACUGAGAUUCAAGUCUGUUCCCUGGUGCAUUCAACCUGGGGCUGGGAGGGAACCUAAAAAAACGCUUCACUGGCGCCCUCAAGUGGCCAGGAGUGAUAUUAUUUUUGUUUCCCCAGGUCGUCUUCAUCGUUCGUUUUAAUUCACCUUCUAUAGAACACGAGCCAGGAAUAUCGGAUGCCAAAAAAAAAAUGCUAUGUCAUUGUUAUUCCUCAAGUUUAUGGUACAAAAAUUCUGAAAAUGAUUGUAAUAAGCGACCUGCAAAUUUUUAUUUGAUUUUUUUUGGUUUGGUUUUUUUGGAGAUCUAUGAUGUCACUCUUGAGGGGGUGAGGUAGGUGAUGUGAUGUCAUCACGAGAAUUAAGCCAUUUCAUUGAACUAAUUACUCUCAAAUUUACUUUUUUUUAUUUUGAUGCUGGUUGACCUUGUAAAAUUUCAUAAUUGGUUUAAUUUCAGCAACUUUUCUUGGCCAUUCCCUUUAAGAGUUGAAAAAAAAAAAAAGCAAUUCCCUUUAAGAGUCGCACGGAUAUCAUAUGCAGUUAGGGCUUCUUAAAACUGAAAAAAACUCAAAGGGAAGGCGAUUUGUCUAUUUUUUUUUUGUUUGUUUUUAAUUAGACUUUGUUGUGGGUUUUACAAUCUGAAACCCGUUUUAAUUCAGCACUAUGAUUAGAAGGCCAGUGAGCUUUAGAAAUGUUGUUUUUUUUUUUUUUUGAAAAAAAAUUAUAUAGUUCCAUUCGUCCCUGAUCCAAAGCACUUGCUUAAAAAAAAAAAAUAAAUAAAUAAAUAAAAGCACUUUUAUAACGUAAACAAAACCACGCUGGGGUUCUCCCUGAGCGGAGCGGAGCGAGGGGAUGAGGGGGAGAAGGGAUGCACUGAAGUAACGUGCAGGGUGAGGGGUCAUUUCACAAGUCGUGUUCACACUUUGCCUUGAGGAAUUCUUCCUGCAGGAAAUCGCUUCACGUGGGCAGCAUUCGACAGCGGGAGCACCGUAUUCCCAGCAGCUGGGCUGUGACCUACGCAGUGUGACCCAGGCAGUGUGUCCCAGGGACUCUGCGACCCGGGCAGUGUGACCCAGGGACUCUGCGACCCGGGCAGUGUGACCCAGGGACUCUGCGACCCGGGCAGUGUGUCCCAGGGACUCUGCGACCCGGGCAGUGUGUCCCAGGGACUCUGCGACCCGGGCAGUGUGUCCCAGGGACUCUGCAGCCCCCCCCCCCCCCCGCCCCCGUGUACAAUCCACACGUGUACGGCACAAAUACGUUUCAGAGCAAAGGUGGAUUCGCACUGUCGUGCUUCCUAUCAUUUUAUUAGAGUUGCCAAAAAAAGAGUAGAGAGAAAUAAAAAAAAAAAGACAAGACAGUCAACAACUGAGCCAUAAAAUUGCUGACACAAAGUGAAUGUACAGACCGCUGUAGAGCAAGUGGCUGAGUUUUUAUUGGAUCCAUUACUUGAAUUGAACCGAUUUCCCCCCCCCCCCCCCCCCCCCCCUCAACCCUCACCCCCAGUUUUCUAGUACAUUUAUCCUGACAGCUUCCAUCAUUACUGUUUACUCUUACAUCGAUCUAUCUAUCACUGCCUCAGCUAGUCAUAGCGUUAGGGUUAAUGUUCCAUGUGUUAUCUUUAAGCCAGUUGGUUAUCGCUGAUCCCAAUGAUAAUGCAAAGGGGAGUGAUGAAGGACCAGCCGCUGGGAGUCCUGCUGCGUGUUGCCUAGCAACAGGCUCCGAGGUGAUUUCUGGUACUUCUAAGUGGCUAAGAUUAAGAAGGGGUGUGGUUCCGUCAAGUGUCACUGUGGCAACAGGAAGUCCUGCACCAAUCAAAGACAAGUUAAAAAUGGUGGCACCUUGCAUCGUGCAUUAGGCCUUAUUAUUCGUUUUAAACGCUUUUAGACAGGUGUGCUCUUUGUGCAAUCGUUUACAAAGAUUGCUGUUUGCUUAUUCCUGGUGAUGGUUACUUGUACCCCCUUCUGUAUACUAGCUCACCUGCACAGCAAAAAAAAAAAAUGCAAUGAAAAUAAAACUUCUACUAAAAGCAACAAGACAUUAUAUUUAAAACUGCGACCAAAUCUGAAAAGAAAUCACUUGAAAGGACUGUAGUGAGUUUUUUUUUUUUAUUUUGUUUUCUCUGUUCAGACUUUUAAACCUGAACGCUGUACUAAACUGCAUGACUGGCAGCUGCACAAAACUGUAGGGUUGUUGCUGUAAAUUAAAUAGAAACCUGUUACACCUUAAAACAUGAAGUGUGUGCAACCAAGGCAUUUUACGUUAGUUCUGCAUUUUACUAAAAAUCAGAACAUGUAUAAUUUAUAUUAAACGUGCAAAACGUGUUCCUGUAAAUAUGUCCACAGAAGAUGGAGAGAUCACACUGACUGCCUGUUUUACAGUAAUGGAUUUUGAGUGCUAAGUAAAGAUGGUGUGCCGAUCCUCCGAAGUGUCUUUUUAAGAAGUAUUUCUGGGCAGGUGUUAAAUAAAUCCAUUGAUUAUUUUUUUUUUUUUUUAGUGUGUUUUACAAUCUGGCAGUGAACGUCCGCUGAUAUUAUUUACCGCUGCAUCGAGGGUGUAAACGGACAAUGAAAGUCAUAUUGUAAUGAAAGGAUAUUUUCACUUCCGGCUUCGUUGGGCAGCAAGAGAGAGAAUUCUCAUCCGAUCGGCUUUUCAAACCCUCCGUACGGAAGUCAGUUGAUCGGUACUCUGUUGUAAAGGUGAAGGAAGGACCGCUUUUCUUGUUUUAGAAAUCGACACGUUGGAAUGGGUUUAUGAAAUGCCUGCCGAGUUUCUGAAAGGCAGUUAGGAGCGUGGGUCCCGGCACGCCCCCUGAUGAGAAGCGAUUGGUUUGCGCUGGCUGGCGCGUAGAGCAGAGAGCUUGAGAGUCCGAUGUUCUUGAUACUUGAAGGGAAAUGUGCUUGGAGGCAAAGGUAGCAGAUCCAUCCGACGAUAAUCUCUUUUUAUUUCAAGGCAUUUUUUUUUCGUUCUACAGCAUUGGUGUUGCUCCAGUAUAUACACCAGGGCUUGACGUUCUCACCAGUCCUGGGUUUCAGAACGUGCCCCGCAGGUAUGUUAUCCAGGAACGUGAUUUACUUGGUUCUCCGAGUUUGGAAAAUAUUCGAAGAGUGGCUGCAAACAGGAAUCUGUUUUCCCUGUCCAGCAGCGCAGUGCAUAGGUUCAGCGAGCAGGGCUGGUGUGCUACAAGCUUCAUUGCAUAUCAUUGAGAGCCUUGAUCAGUGUUGAAUCUGUUUUAUUGCAGAGAUUGUGGGGCGGUGUUGAGGCGGGGUUUGGGAGGGGCGGGGGGAGGUGAGAACUUUGGGCCUUACCUUUGGACAUUUGAUAAAACUGCAAGAUCAAAUGAUGGUGCCGCAGAAAAGUUGUGUGCCGCUGUUUCGUUUGUAGCAACUUUGUGCUGGAGGGGAGGGAGACUUUAAAUUGUCAAGCCCAUUAAAAUAGAACGGAGCGAGUCACAGUGUUGAUAUCGCUGUUCGCUGGAGGGUUCGAAAGAUCUUAGUAACGGGUACAAAGUCUCUAGAAUUCGUUUUCCUUGUUCAACUGCACUGUGAAGUCCAGCCGGUGAAAGAAUGAGUUUCUACCUCCUAAGAUCAAAGAUCCCCAUUGUAAUAUAAAGGCUGCGCCACGAGACCAGCAUCAGAGGCAGCGUUGUUAAUGCUGGGCCACCCUGUAUCUUACAAUUACAUGGCAGGGCGUUUUAAUUUUUAUUUUUUAAAUGUUGUUCAAAAAACCAAAGGUGAUGCAUUUACAAUAAUGUGGAAUUGGAUCUUCACGAGCGCUACUGUAUCAAACUGACUGGAACAUUUUAUAUUCCCUUGCAAUCGUGUUUUUUUUUUUUUUUAGUAGCGAUGGAAUUCUGUUUUGUUUAUACAGCACUCUAAUAAUAUUUUAAUACUAUUUUGCAGUCAAAAAUCCCUGUCUGGCAAAAAAAAAAACUACGUUUUCCUAAUUAACAAAAAGAAAGAGUGUUGUAUAAAUAAAAACCCAUCUUCCUAAAAACUGAAACGUUUCAGUCAAAGGUAAUAUUUGGUUCACAACCUGCUGAGCUGUUUCACGUUGCUGAUCACUAAGAAGUCUUCACUUCAAUGGAAAUCUCUGAUGCCUCUCUGACCUUGCCUGGCAGUACUGCUGUGUGCUGGACGGUUCUCACUGCACUGCCAGCCUGUACGGUACAGAAUUCAGACGAGCCAAAAAAAACCAACAAAACGCAUGGGUGUGCUUGGAGGACUGUUGAGCUGCUACGUUCAGAUGUAGGAGCUUUUAAAUAUUUAUUACUCGGGGCAAUUUAGGAAACCGGGUCGCAAACUAAGAAAAUAGGAACACUUUAUUUUUUUUUGGUUUUGUUUCAGUGUGUGUUUUAAAGAUAGUUUGAACCAGAGUAUUGGAAGCCACGAGGUUUCGAGGUUUGCAGGCAGGAAACUAAGCAAAGCAACUUGCAACUAAAAAUAUACGACCGCUAAUAAAGCAUCAAAUUUAAAAGUAACAAAGCCUUACGUUUUAAGAAAAUGGGUAUUCUAUUUUGUGUUCAAGCACUGAUUGGUCUAGAAUUGGUAUUUUUUAAAAAUAUGCAAUAUCUCUUGCGUGCGUCUCUUCUCUAAAUCUUCCAAAAUCUUUCCUGAUGAUGAAGAUAAUAAUAAUGAUCCAUUUAAAAUUGCAGUCAAGUAGUGGCAGUCUUUGAUUUGCAUUUAAAAUGCAGCCUUUUCUUUUAGAAUUCAGGCAUGUUUAUAAUCUGUGCAUUAAUCUAUCUAUCAAUCUAAUCUCUAUAUCUAUAUAUGUGUAUGAGCAUACCUCCUGUAUAUUUCUGUUAGAUGCUGCAUCUUCACACUAUAUGCACACCAGGGUAGUCAAUGAUCUAUUUGACAGGAUGGGUGAACAAUGUGUGUAACUCAAAGACUAUGCUGGAAGACACAAACUCUGCUUUUGCAAAAGCCUUUUAUCUUUUUUGGGUGGUGUAAUACAAAAGUAUUUGGGUUGUCUGGGAGGGAGCGGAAAGGAAAUAGACAUCAGGCAGACACCAGGAUCGCACUGUGUGUUUGAAAUGCAGUCUGCAUGUGUGCAGAACGCACUGUGUGUUUGAAAUGCAGUCUGCAUGUGUGCAGAACGCACUGUGUGUUUGAAAUGCAGUCUGCAUGUGUGCAGAACGCACUGUGUUUGAAAUGCAGUCUGCAUGUGUGCAGAACGCACUGUGUGUUUGAAAUGCAGUCUGCAUGUGUGCAGAACGCACUGUUUGAAAUGCAGUCUGAAUGUGUGCAGAACGCACUGUUUGAAAUGCAGUCUGAAUGUGUGCAGAACGCACUGUGUGUUUGAAAUGCAGUCUGCAUGUGUGCAGAACGCACUGUUUGAAAUGCAGUCUGAAUGUGUGCAGAACGCACUGUGUGUUUGAAAUGCAGUCUGCAUGUGUGCAGAACGCACUGUGUUUGGUCCCUGCUGGGAGAUGUGGCAGUUUAGCAGCUAUGUUGAAGUCCGGUGUAGAAGCAGAGAUGGGUCGUUCUCUUAAACCUGGCCUUGUUUAUAACCACCAAGCUCAAUGAACAGACCAUCGUAUCGCAAAGUCAGCUUUUAGUUUGUUUUAAAUUUCUCUUAAAGGAGCGUAGAAUAGAAUCGUUAACUGUUGCACUACGUAAAAAAAAAGUAUAUAUAUCUAGGAGAAGAAAUAUAUCAAAACAGAGCCUUAAAAAGAAAUUGCUAUAAAGUUUAAAAAAAAUUUAAAAAAAAUAAAAACACAAGUAAAAGGAGCAAUAUAUUUUCAGUGCUUUCAAGUACUCAGUAGGAGAAAAAUUGCAUUGUAAUCUUUUGGGUGGGGACCAUUACCAAAAAAAGUGUAGCUCUGUGUGUGUGUGUAAUUGUAGCUGUGAAUGCACGGGUAGUUUUUGAAGUAGUUGGUCUCUUCCUGUGUGUGUAAUUGUAGUCGCUGUGAAUGCACGGGUAGUUUUUUGAAGUAGUUGGUCUCUUCCUUUGUGUGUAAUUAUAGUCGCUGUGAAUGCACGGGUAGUUUUUGAAGUAGUUGGUCUCUUCCUGUGUGUGUAAUUGUAGUCGCUGUGAAUGCACGGGUAGUUGGUCUCUUCCUGUGCACACGCUGUAGCUCUAAGUCUCUUACCGAGGCGUUAACUCUUCACAAAGAGGGUUUGCAAGUAGCAUUGUCGUUCCAUAUCAUCACUGAAAACUGUGUGUGUGUGUUUGUCAUACAGCAGGGGACUCGCAGGCUUUGUAGAGGAUACCUCCUUUUAAAAGAGCCUGAAAAAGCAAUGUUCUAAAUCGAUGAUUGUGUAAACUGGAAGACCCGUUCUGUAGACAGAGUUGAAAGAUGCUGCUUUCUGUUGAAGAGCUUCUGCAGUGCUGUCGUAUGAGUAUGGCAGGUCUGCUUGUGAAGCUCGUGAUUAAUUGGAAUGCCGAGCUGAUGGCUGGCUUUUCAGUGAGCUGGUAUUGCAGGGAGUCCACGUGGAAGGUGAAGUGAAGUUUCAGGGAGGGAGAGGCAGCUGUACACAGAAGACAGUGUUGAUUUUCGCUUGCAGUUUCUUGCACAUUUUUAACCCCACCUUGCAUAGCGCUGCCUCAGUCUGCCUGUAGUAAACUGCUCAGGAAUUGGUCACGGUUUUUUUACCAACUGGAUUGAUUCAAAACCUCGCUGCCUUUUUAAAAUACAUAUACCAUAUACAACCAUGCAUUUCAACAGGCAGUCUAGCUGCAGUAUUCUGCAUUUACCCCAGUAUAAAAUCUACAUUCUGGCUGACCUUUUCAUAACCUCUUUUAGAAAGUGCCAAAUGACAAAACAAAACAAAAUCUGGUGUUUUUAUGCAGCGGCGUUUAUGAUUAAGUAACUGCACCCAGUUUUUUUUAUUUUUUUAUUUUUAAAUCCACUGUAAGGAUUCCUCUCCGUGUGUGUGUGUGUGUUGGCCAUGUGAAGGUAUAUUGAAUUAUUAUGCAUCUGUAUGUGUUUGCUUAUAACAUGAUCUUAGUGCUGGCUUCUACAGCGGUGUGAAACGUAUAUUUUGUUAUUAUUAAUAUUAACGGUUCACGUUUAUUGAAUUUGGAUUCACUGACAGUAUUUGGUUUUUGAUUGUGUCAAUUCAACAAGACACUUUCUGAUGCGCUGGUAGCUGCUGUUAUUUUAAAUCACUUCACAUCGUUGUCUGAGGGUGGAGUACAGUAUUGACAGGGGCUUCAAAUGAAAUGUAGCUAUUAAUUUAUUUAUUAUUAGUUUGAUCACGUUUUCAGACCAAGCACACCUCCUCUUCCUCUACAGAAGAAGACAUUAAUGAAUAAAUGAAUGUGCAAAAAAAAAAAAAAGACUCUCUACCUGCAAAUCUAUUACAAAAAGAUGAAUUAUCAAAAGGGAUGCAAAACAGAGAAGCCUUCUGAUUUGUAGCAGCUGUGUUGGCGGUAGUUUCGAAUUCUCUAGCUAGAUGCAAUGUUUCUUUUUGUCCUUUUUAAUAUCUGCAUGCUGUGGUAACUUCCUCUGUGUGAUAUAGAUAGAUAUAUUAGAGCACUAUUUUAAUUGAAAUCACUGUGGACAAUUUGAUUUACCUUUUCAUGAUAGUUUAGUUUACGUGGUGACAUUUACAACAACAGAAAUAAGAGAGUGCAAUAAUUGUCUUUUUUUUUUCCCCAAAAGGUAUCUACAGUAAUAGUCACGUGAACUGGAUCAAGCAAAUAAGGGAUAGAUUUGACUCCUUUUAAACUAAAAGCAUACUGUAAUAUGAACUGAGUUUUUGAUCAGAAAAAAAAACCCCUGAAGUAUUGCUCCCACAUACCUGCAGCUUAAGUUAACGUCCCUGUGUAUCAGUGCAUUAGCCGCGUGCACGUGUGUGUGAUACUUCAUGAAGCUCAAGUUUGGUAUUUGGGCUGCGUUGCUUUCUGCGGGUCUCUGUUUACUAUGAAGCAUGCAAGUGCAAAGACAGAAUGGAGGCUGAACAGCCUCAAGAGAACCAAUGAGAUUUCAGCGUCCGGAUCAACCCAAGAUUAUCUUUAUUUUGAGCUUUCCUAUAACAGUCUUGAGUGGAGUUAGCUGGUGUUUGAGAAGGUGCAGUAUCGCUAUAUAUAAUGUACUAAAGAAAAAAACUGAGCCAAUGUUGCUUUUGACCAAAAUUCUUCUGAGAGAAAUAUUUUUUUCCUGUAAAAUUUAAUUUGCACAUCAUCUUCUUGUUAAAUCCUCCUUGCACCUCACUGAGACUGACUGGGGUUCCUUGUGUGCAGCUGCUCCAGCCUCCUUUAUCAACGCGUUCCCCCACGUUUCAUGUCCUUUUUGAUGUGAUCUAUUAAAAUGUUUGAUGCACUGAACAAUUCUAAACGUGGACUUUUAAUUUUUAUAUCAUUUUGAAGAAUGACCAAAAUGUAGCUCCAUGUUCUGGCGUUUUUUGACUAUUGGUCCAUUUCUUCCUGGUCAAAGCUGCGUGGGGACCCAUAGAGUCCGAGACCCCUCACGGAUUGCAGUGCCCUCCGUUCUCCGUCUUAAUGAAUUACACAAUUAACGGGGAAACAGGAUCACCUUCUGAGAUCCGUUUGUGGGGACCAAAAAAAAAAGGGCACGCGAAAUACCAGCAAAGUAAACUUUUUGAUUUUUUUUAAAACUGUGCACACUGUUCUAGACCGUGAGGCUGCAGCAGCUUCUGUUAGCCUUGCGGGUUGUUCCGGGUGUGUUCAGUGUGGUCUGUACCUGCUCAGUCACCAGCUCUCCCCUCUUACCAGGGUCAGAGCGAUAAUACUGCCCCGUGAUAAUCAAGGGGGUUUCACUUCACAACCUUUACUUGCUCAGCACUACUACCUCAUCCACUGCAUUUCUUUUUUAUGAUGAUCACGGUUACACUUGCACUGUUGGUAAAACGGCAGAAGUUCGGUAAUACCGGUAAAAAUAAAUAAAGUAUAGAAAGCGAGAGAUGUGUGAUGGAGGAGAGAUCCUAGCUUUUUUUUUUUUUUUUUUUUUUUUUUUUGAUGCGUCGAUUGCACACAGCCUGAAGCUGGAUAGAUGUGUUAUUCUGGGUUGGCUGCAAUCCCACUAGCAAUGGGGGGUUGUGCAUCCAGCUCUGAGCUGAAGUAGUUUCCUUGUGUACCAGUGCAGGCUGUGAGGAUUGCAUGGGGUGGGUUCGUGCUUGUGCGUGAACAGCCUUGCGUAUUGUAAUUGAAACCAGAUUUGCAAGCGUUUUGAAAAACCGAGAGAAACGAAUACUCACGUGUUUAACAGACUUUCCCUCGGGCUGGUGGUGUGAUUUGAUUUAGACCUGAACAGUUCCAGGGAAUCCACCUGCUUGGAGAGUUUUCUUAGGGACAGCCCUGGUUGAUGCAAUCCAGGGCUCUUAAACAAAGUCCUGGUGUGGCUGAUAGAAUCAACCCCCUGGGGUCAGUCGGAUUAACAGAUUUGAUUCGUUUUAAAGGAAAACUUUUGGAGGUUUCUGAGUCGCGUGUGUGCUUAUGGUCCUUGCACUCCUUGCUCUUAGUAGUUUGUAUGUAUGUAGUUUGCAAUUAUAUAUAAUUUUAUCGCUGCAGAGUUCCUCUGGAAAGAUGUGGUUUUCCUAGAGUGUGUGUGUGCAUUCUUUUUUUUUUUUUUUUUUUUUUUUUUUUUUUUUUAAUUAAAAGACGCUGGAUAUAUUUUCGUUGCAGUUGCAGGCGGGUGAUAAAGGGAACUGGUUUCUAUUACCUGACAGGGACCUCGUGCAUUUCUCAUCAGAGGCGUCUUGAAUGCCACGUGGCUCUGGGUGCUUUUGUUUUUCAGAAGGAUGCUUUUUCGUGAGUUCUAGUUUAGAAAGCUGGCGGGAGAGGAGCAGGUGCACGUGUGCGUUUUCAUUUCGGACGCGUGUGAAGCGGGUCUGGAGAUCGGUCCCUCGCUCACGCAAGCUGGGUGCAGUGCAGCUCAGGUGCAGCAGCAUCUCCAGGCUUUUCUAACUGAGGAUUCCUGUGAGGGGACUUCUUCAGGACAGCUCUGUGUCCUUUCUGCCGUGGGAAGAACUGUCACUGUAUACUAGCAGUACUGUAGCUAAGACGUAUCAACUGGACUUGCAUAUGGGAGAGGGCUGUUAUAAAAAUAUAUAAAAUCACAUCUGGAAAGAAGGGUUACCGCAGAUAUCCUUAACAAUAGAAAAAAAAACUGAAAAAUGCCAGUAAUAUUAGCUCUCUUUGUUUUAUAAAUACUGUAAACAAGAUGUGUCUUAUACUAAUUAUUAUUAUAUUAUUCCUACCUCCAUAUAUUAGUUUAUUAAUAUAUAUAUAUUCAGCUGAAAUGUAAUCUGUUUAUCAAACUUUUUUUUACCAUUUGCAUUGAAGAAAAAUAGUGUGUAUGUGUGUAUAUAUGUGUGUGUUAUAUAUAUAAAAUAUAUUGCACACACACACACACAUCCGUACACACUGUAUAUCCAAUACCACUGCAGUGUGAAGCCACACUUUAUUUAUUAACUAGUCUUCUGUGCAUCUCCUCUGGGGCACGCUUAGUUCUCUUGGCUAUUUUGGUGGAUUUUCAUUUUGAUCCGUAUCAAAGGAAUUAUAUUACGAUGUUCCAACAAGACACAAAAAAAAAACACAGGAGAGAGAAAUACAGCCUGCUCUAUUUAAUAGCUUUUUUUAAUUUUAUUUGGGUAGAUGUUUUAUUAAAAGGUAGCCUUCACUGUGUAUUUAACUACAUCCGCAGGUUCCCCUAAAGUCAGCCUGAUGCCUUAGCCCGACAGCUGGGCGUUACGCAGGGAAACUUGAAACAUUAUAUUUACAUCUUGACUCUCAUUUAUUUCUUUUCUCUCUUAGCCUAGGAGAGCAGGUGGAUUCUUAGCUUCAGUCCUCAGGUAUUCCUAAGCACAGUUACAUGGUCUUGUCUGAAACUGUUCCACACGUCCGUGCAGACCCCUUGGAUUUCCUUCCCUAAGGUAACGUUAGGGGGUCUGAGUCCGGUCCCUCAUCGCCAGCGCUCCCCCUAUCUAAAGCUGUAGUCGAGAGCCGUGGGUACGAGAGUGGGGCGUUUUAUUGCAAACGAGAUCGGGGGGCUGUGCUAAGAAGGGGCUCUUUUAUAAAGGAGGAGCAGGUGUGAUGAGGGGUGUGGAAGUUAGAGGUGUGAUCACAUGCACGCCUGACAACAAGAUAACAUGCUGUUUAAAAAAACAAACACCUGAGAAAUGGAGUUAAGAAGUGGAGUAGCACUGCCCUGUGGGAUACGGGUGACUGUUAAUCUAUCCAGCCUUACAUUAUAUAUAUAUAUAUAUAUAUAUAUA